AUGCCUACCACCACGAUUACACCCCCGUUAACAACGACUACCACGCCUACCACUCCGACAACAACAGCCACACCUACCACAACGACAACCACUCCGAGAACUAUGGCAACCACGCCUACCAAAAUCACAACAACUCCAUCAACCGCGACUACCACGUUUACAGUUAUCCCUACUUCUACCGAUGCCACGCCUACAACUAUGACAAUUCCUACGUCAACUACAACAGCCACGCCUUCCACAACCACACCUAACGCUGAGACCACCUCUCCGACAACUAUGGAAACCACGCCAACCACUGAAACAACUCUGCCUUCCACUGAGUGCAACAACCCUGUCUACCACUAUCACAACCUCACCAUCAACUACGUCAUUCUCGCCGAUCACAACCCCUCAAUCAACGAUGACAUCGACGCCCAUCACAAGCGCUCCUACAACUACAGCAUCCACACACAUCACAGCCACAACUACAUUUGUCAACAAUACAACCACUUUGUCAUCUGUAACAACCAUACAAACGACAAAGACAACGAAGCCUGCAACUACGAAAACCACGCCAACCACUCCGACAGCCACCCCUACCACUGCAAUAACCACGCCAAGUACUGCAAUAACUACGCCUACCACUGUACCAAUCACGCCUACCUCUGCGACGUCCACGCCUUCUACACCAACAACCACGCCUGCCACUGUAAAUACCACGCCCGCCACUUUAGAAUUUGCUACGAUAUCAACAAACACACCAAUGGCUUCGACUAUAGCUUUUACUGGUUCAACGUCAUUAACACCGCCGUCUGCUGUAUUAACCACACAUCCUGCUGCAAUAACCACGCCUAG